AUGCCAAAACGAACAAAUGAAUUAAAUCAAUUAAAUAUCAACACGAAAAAAAUAAAAUAUGUUAAUAAAAUCUCGACAUUUGAAACAAUGUCAAAUGAAUUAAUUAUGGAAUUAUUUGAAUAUUUUGACUUAUAUUCGCUUUAUUUAACAUUUUAUUCUCUUAAUUCUCGUUUCAAUUCAAUUGUUUGUCAUUGUCAAGUACAUGUCAAUCUUGAUAAAAUUAAUCCAUUAUAUUUUACAUCAUUUAUUGGAAAUUUUAUAUAUACUAAUAUUGACAAAGGUCGAAUAAGUUCAUUUCAAUCUUCAAUACCACAUCAAAUAGCUGUUUUAGCAAAUGAUAUUGUUAUGGAUCGUUUUAUUUUACUUCGAUCAUUAACUUUAUCUCGUUGUUCUAUUGAUUUAGUUAUACAAGUUCUUAAUCAAAUUGAAAAAUCUAUAUUAGAAAAAAUUUCCAUAACAUCUUGUAAAAGAAUUAUAGGCAGAAAAUAUUCGUUAACACAACAUUUACUAUCAGCUGUACGUUAUCCAUCGUUACGUUCAAUUCAUCUUAGAUUGUGUGCUCGCGGAAUUGUUAAUUUAACUGAUGUUGAGAUAACAUCUCAAACAUUAAAUAAAUUAGAAUAUUUGUCAUUAGAUAAAUCUUCUGAAAUUGAAGAUUUAUUUCAUAUACUUGAUCUUUUACCUAAUCUUCAAUCAUUAAAUAGUGUUGUAAAUAAUCUAACUGAUUCGUUUUUAAUAUCAAUAGGAGUAAAAAAGAUUUUAUCAUUAUCACGACUUACAUUAACCUCAAGCAUAAUUCAAAUGUCAACAUUAGAAUAUUUAUUAAAAAUUUUUCCAAAUUUAACAUAUCUUUAUCUUGAUUUUUCUACUAGAUCAUCAAACUUAAUUGAUUCAAAAUAUUGGAUAGAUUUAUUAGAGAAAAUGUAUCUAUUAAAACAUGUAUAUAUUCGAUUUAGUAUUCCAUUAUUUCAAACAAAUUUAUCUCUUGAACAAGUACGUGAUCGUGUAAAAUUAUUUAAACGGCCAUGGUUUUUUACACGAAAUUUAAUCAAUCGAAUGCAUACUAUUCGUAUUAUUAUAAAUGGAAUACAACAAAAUGAACAAAUUAAAUAA